GGAAAAUUGAGUUUCAAAGUCGUAAACAAGUGUAGGAAGUAAUUACAAUAUCAACUUCAGACAUUUGAUAUAAGGAUGUAGAUAAAUAUAAAAGUAAGUAAAAAGGUGCAGUGAAGAAUCCUCUCGAAAAGGUUUUUGAAAUAAACGAGCAUCAAACUAAAGAGCCUUAUUAAAUAUGAUUAUAAUUUUUCACGGAGCAAAUGUAAAAAACGAAGAAAAAAAAAUUAUUUUAUACUGAAAGAAGGGAAAGGCUUUAAAUAGUUAUUAAAUUUUAUUUAUGAGAAACUAGUUCUUAUGAAAACGUUAUAUCUAACCUUGACUAAAGACUUCGAAAAAUUAACAACUAUAAAAAUCGUAUUUUUUUAUUUUCUAUAAUUCUUUGACCAAUUAAGUAAAUAUAUAAAAAAAAAGUUUGUUCGAAAGAACUUUAAAGUGCUUCAUAAUCGACAUAUAAUGAUUAAACAUUUUGUGUAAAUCGUACCUUUUUAAUACAAAACAAAUAAUCAAAUCAAUUAUUUUUAAAAUAUAAAAUAAAUUUCCAAAUCAAAUUUACAAUUUUAAAACCAAUUCCAAGCGACUGAUCUCUUACUCGAGAAUAAAAUAACCGAAAUAAAAGGUUUUCAUCAUUUUCAAUUUAGGAUUAUUGUAAACUAAUAAAAAAGUGUUCAGAAUGUCAAUGUUCUUCUUUCGACUACAUAAUUUGCAACGCGAAGAAGCAAAUAAGAAAAAGAAAAAAGCCGAAUUGCGUCAAAGACGUGGCGCUAAAGUCUUUCGACGUGUAAGUCGUGCCGAUUUAAGUCACUUAACAGCGCCUUCGAGACUUUUUGAAAAGACACCAAUGAAUCCAAGUGAUAGUCUGGACGAGAUUGCUCUUCAGAUUCCAAGAGUACGGGUAGAAUACUAUGUGAAUGAAAACACUUUCAAAGAAAGACUGCAAUUAUAUUUUAUAAAAAAUCAAAGAUCUAGCUUACGAAUUCGUAUCGCUAAUUUAUUAGUUAAACUUAUGACUUGCGUUUUGUACAUAUUUCGAGUCGUCACUGAAGUUGAUCCGAUGCAAGCAGCUUGCUAUGGCUGUGAAGCUGGCAAUAAAACAGAAUUUUACCUCUCGGCAAAGCUGAGAGAGGAAGAUUUUCAAGAGAAUCCCAUCAUAAAUUGGGACGCAAUUUCAUGGGUAAAUCGACCAACAGAGCUUUGGGCUGUGCAACUUUUACUAGCAAUGAUUUCAUUAACGGAGGCACUAUUGAUAGCAUAUCUGAGUUAUAAGGGUAACAUAUGGCAACAAAUUCUAUCCUUCCACUUUAUUCUCGAGCUUGUUACGACUGUUCCAUUCUUGUUCACUAUAUUCUUUCCGUCCCUUCGGCAUAUUUUUAUUCCCAUAUUCCUUAAUUGCUGGCUCGCCAAGCAUUCUCUGGAAAAUAUGUUUAAUGACCUUCAUCGUGCAAUGCAAAAGUCACAAUCGGCAUUAUCACAACAAUUAACGAUACUUUCGGCUACGCUCUUAUGUUUAGUCUUCACAAGCGUAUGUGGAAUUCAGCAUUUUCAGAGAGCGGGCCAUCGUCACAUGAAUUUAUUUCAAAGUACAUACUAUGUUGUUGUCACAUUCAGCACUGUAGGAUAUGGCGAUUUUGUUCCUGAUAUAUGGCCGUCUCAGCUUUAUAUGGUUAUUAUGAUAUGCGUGGCACUUAUAGUCCUUCCAACACAGUUUGAGCAACUUGCAUUCACGUGGAUGGAACGACAAAAAUUGGGCGGAAGUUAUUCAUCGCAUCGUGCACAAAGUGAAAAGCAUGUUGUUGUUUGCUCAACAACAUUGCAUGCUGACACAAUCAUGGACUUUUUAAAUGAAUUUUAUGCUCAUCCAUUACUGCAAGACUUUUAUGUUGUGCUCCUUAGUCCGAUGGAAUUAGAUACAACUAUGCGUAUGAUCCUACAGGUACCAAUAUGGGCACAGCGUGUGAUUUAUAUUCAGGGCUCAUGUUUAAAGGAUGGUGAUUUAAUCCGUGCUAGAAUGGCUGAAGCAGAGGCUUGUUUUAUUCUCGCCGCUCGUAAUUAUGCAGACAAAACAGCCGCUGAUGAACAUACGAUAUUACGUUCAUGGGCCGUAAAGGAUUUUGCACCAAAUGUUCCACAAUACGUUCAAAUCUUCCGACCAGAAAACAAACUACAUGUUAAAUUUGCCGAACAUGUUGUUUGUGAGGAUGAAUUUAAAUAUGCAUUGUUGGCAAACAAUUGUACAUGUCCUGGUGCAUCAACGUUAGUAACAUUAUUGCUGCAUACAUCACGAGGACAGGAGGGUCAAAUAAGCAAUGAAGUAGGAGAUAAACUGUACGGUAAAUGUUCGGGAAAUGAAAUCUACCACAUAGUGCUAGGAGAUAGCAGAUUUUUUGGAGAAUAUGAAGGAAAAAGCUUUACGUACGCUAGCUUUCAUUCACAUCGAAAGUAUGGUGUUGCAUUGGUUGGUGUUCGACCAGCGGAAUUACCAGAGUUUUAUGAGGAAACGAUACUUUUAAAUCCAGGACCACGACAUAUAAUGAAAAAAGAUGACACAUGUUACUAUAUGAGCAUAACAAAAGAAGAGAAUUCAGCAUUUGUAGUCCAUCAAAAUCAACAAAAUCAGCAGCCACCUGAAGCGCAAAAAGAAGUACCAACAUCAAAUAAUAUCACCAACAAUCAACCGGUUCCAUCUGUUUGUGUUCGUGUGCCCCAUAGCCCGAGUCUAGACUCAGGCGGCUGUGAAAGCCCACCAUCACCUGUGGAUAAACCUCAUCAUCAUGACUUUACAACUUUAGUCGUGCCAACAUUUACGGAAGGAAAUUCACCUAACACAUUGAUUGUAUCAGACUCGAAAACAAAUUUGAAGGAAUCAACGGGUGGUAUUCCAACAACGACAAGCUCAAUAUUAGGGCCUCCAAGUUUAAAUGUUGGAAAUCAUCUCGAUAUACCUCAAAAUAAUCCAAAUCUUCUAAGUCCGGAUAUGUUAAGCCAACGAAGAGGAAGCCGUAGACCAUCGAUUUUACCGGUGCCAGAUAUGUUUACUUCUUCGUCAUUCAGUAUAUCAGGUGAAGAUGGUUUAGAUGGUGAAAAUAACGAUGAAAGUGAAGAUGAAUUGCUGGAUAAUCCUUGGUGCUCGCCGUCUGAGAAAAUCGCAAUCAUCAAGGGAUUUCCACCCGUUAGUCCAUUUAUUGGAGUAAGUCCUACGCUAUGUUAUUUACUAAAGGAGAAGAAGCCCUUAUGUUGCUUACAAUUAGCUCAGGUCUGUGAACAUUGCAGUUAUCGUAAUGCUAAGGAAUAUCAAUGGCAAAACAAAACCAUAAUUUUGGCAGCUGACUACGCCUCAAAUGGCAUUUACAAUUUUAUAAUUCCAUUGCGUGCUCACUUUAAGUCGAAAACAUCGUUAAAUCCAAUAAUAUUGCUUUUAGAACGACGUCCUGACAUUGCGUUUCUUGAUGCCAUUUCCUAUUUUCCAUUGGUUUAUUGGAUGCUAGGCUCAAUUGAUUGUCUAGAUGACUUAUUGCGGGCCGGCAUAACAUUAGCCGAUAAUGUUGUGGUUGUCAAUAAAGAAAUUUCAAAUUCAGCUGAGGAGGAUACGUUAGGUGAUUGUAAUACAAUUGUUGCUGUACAAACAAUGUUCAAAUUUUUCCCAAACAUUCGAAGUAUAACAGAGCUUUCACAGAGUUCAAACAUGAGAUUUAUGCAGUUCCGAGCACAUGACAAAUAUGCACUUCACUUAAGUAAGAUGGAAAAGCGCGAAAAAGAAAGAGGCUCACACAUAUCAUAUAUGUUUCGACUUCCAUUUGCUGCCGGUGCUGUUUUUAGUGCUUCGAUGCUUGACACGUUAUUAUAUCAGGCAUUCAUAAAGGAUUACAUAAUAACAUUUGUCAGACUGUUGUUGGGUAUUGAUCAGGCGCCAGGAAGUGGAUUUCUCACUUCGAUGAAAAUAACAAAAGAGGACAUGUGGAUACGCACAUAUGGGCGGUUAUAUCAAAAACUAUGUUCAACGACAUGUGAAAUUCCAAUUGGAAUUUAUAGAACACAAGAGACGACAAAUUUGGAUGCAUCUCAUUAUGAUGUGGAAUGUACGACAAGCGGAAAGUCUAAAGGAACAGUGGAAUCAAAUUUAAAACCUACUGUCACUUACCGUCCACAACAAAUUAAAAAGUCUACAUCUUGUUUGGGCGGAUGCUCUGAUAGACGAGGAUCAGCUUACUCGCUUAAUAUGGUUGAUGAGGCACGUGACAAUCACGCUCAGCAAAUAGAAAGGGCCGAAAUAGGGAAUUUAGUCAGGAGUCGAAUGGAAUCACUUAAUCUUCCAAGUAAUGACUAUGAUGAAGUCAGUGAGAAACGUAACCAUUUGUCCUAUGUUAUCAUUAAUCCAUCGUGUGAUUUAAAACUUGAAGAAGGCGACGUCAUUUACAUCGUAAGACCAUCACCGUUCUCAGCACAAAAGACGUUCGAGAGACACAACUCUAGGAGGAAAUCUAAUAUAUCAUUCUGUUCAAAUAUGAAUUUAGCAGCCAAUUCAGGAGGUGGCCAGGCAUCACGGAGAGGUUCAGGAAUAGCAAUGAAUUCACAAAUUCCAAACAGUCCAUCAACUGCGGGUCAGGCGCGAGGGCGCAGCAAUUCUCUGAGGAUUGACAAUGACAUUCUACUUAGGCGUUCUAAUUCAUUAAGGCAGGGUCUACCAAAUAUCGGAAUGAACACAGGCAGAAGAAAGUCAUCACUUGAGGAAAUUGGUAUCAGCCAUUUUACGACUUUGAUGCAAGCCAGUAAUCACUCAAAUCCUAUCAAAUUCUCUCUUAAUGGAAGUAUUGGAUUAGAGGUGACUCCACCAGAAGAGCCAACACCAAUGAUUGGACUUCCAUGUAGUGGUGGAAUAAAUCCUUCAAUAUUAGGGGGCUCAUCAAUGGGACUCAAUCAACAAUCAGACGCUCCAAUGCACACCUCAAUACAAAUUAGUGGUCCAGAAUCACAGCAACAACAAAUUCCACAAUCCUCACAUCACCUCCAAGGGACAAUUGUAUGAUAUAAUCUUAUGUGGGGACGUAGACGAUCCUCAAUUAGAUCAAACAAAUGGAUUUAAUAGUCACCACACCAUCGCCAUUUGUUUAGUGAUUAUGAUUAUGUGUAGUUACAACACCAACAAAAUUUAUUGUUUUGUUUCUCAUACCUUUUUAUUUGAGUUCAUACUUUUCAUGAACUAACAAUCAUCCAUCAAUUAUCAUCAGUGAGAAAAGAAAAAGUUUAUAAAAACUACAGUGGUCCAACAUUUAAACAAUCUUACACAACAUAAAAUUAGUCCUCAAACGCCACAGUCCACAAACAAAUACACACUUACUUAAUAUUCUGGAGCAAACGACAGAUAAACACUAAAACAGAACUUUUUUGAUAACGAAUGAUCAUCAUUAAUAAUGAGUGAUCAAGUUAGAGAGAAAAAAUUAUGUCCAUUAAAUUCUGAGAACUUAAAUUAAUAGAAAGUCACUUUUGAUGCUCCUACUUACAUUUAUGAAAUUAUAAAAUAUUUAAGCAAGGACCGUAGAAAAUCACAAAAUUAAUAUUUGUGUGUAAAUAACCUAGUAAAAUAGAUUAAGCAUUUUGUAAGAACUACACAGUCUUAUUAAAGAUUCAUAAAAAAAAGUUUCUAGUUAAAAAUUAUUAAAACAAUUAUUAUUAUUAUUAUCAUUUUUUAUUUUUCUCGAAAUUAUUAAGGUUCUUAUAUUUGCUCAUUUUUUUUUUGUUUUCUUAAUAUGUUCAUCAAAUGAGCGUAUGUAACAUUUAGGCUGAUAUCUCAAAAGAUUCUUCAGAAGAUGCAUAGCAUUAAUUUUUAAUCAGAAUUUAAGUAUUUCCGUUUUAGGUUCAAGAUCUUUAAUGGGCCCUCAACAAUCGAACAACCACAUGGUCCUUUUCCGAUUGAUUUUUUUAACAGUUUAUUCAUUGAAGAAAAGGAAGUAUAUUAAGACCGUAAAAUUUGAAUUAUGCAAAAACGCUGAGCUCUUUUUCUGAAGAAUGAAUAUGAUAAUCCCCCCCCCCCCCCCCCCAUCGCAUACAUAUAUACAGCAACUAUAUAUCCUUCUAAUCUUUUUUGAUACCUUUCAUUCUUCUCCUCAAUCAAAGGCUUUCUUUUUACUGCACAACAUCCUUUAAAGUUUUUCGUCUUUGCUUGACAAAAAAAAAUAUGUAUGUUGAUUCAACUUAUGGUACAGAAAACAGCAUCAGGUCCUUCCUCGAUUGAGGGUCAAACAUCAUUUCUGAACGAUACCUUUAGCUAUAUUUAUUAAAUUAAAAUGAGACGAAAUCUUUAAUAUGACCCAAAAUGUGAAUGUUUUUCCACCAUAGCUUUAUGAAUAGUCUGAAUGAGUAGUUAUUUUUUAAAAAUAAAAAGAUUUAAAGAAUUUUUAAACAAACCCUAGUUUUUUGAUGUCGAAAAUUCUAAUCUUGUUGACCUCUCCAACAGCUUUACUUGUUAAAUAAUACUAUUAAUAAUAAAAAAAAUAUUAAUUUGAUCAACUCUUUAAGACAAAGGAAAGAUGAAACUCUAAUUAGCAUUAUAUUAAAAUAUAAUAAUUAAUUUAACUUAGUCAAUGUUGAAUAAAUUUUUUUAUAUACUUACCUAAAGAAAGGAUAUAAAAAUUGAGAUUAUUUUUAAUUCAAAAAAUUCUAGAAAUUUGUUAGACGCAAAAAAAUUCAUUCAAAAAAAAAAGGAAAAAAAAUCUACAAGAGAAUUUUAAAGUAUAGUGAAUUUAAUAAAGAAAAACACAAAAUGUAUGAAAGUUGAAAAACGCUUUGGUAAAAAACUUCGCUUUAUACUCAGUUGUACGGCAACUGAAACUCAAAAAAAAAACACACAUAUAAAAAAAUUCUUGUAAAUAAUUAAGUGAAAUGAAUUUCUUUCUUUCUUUUUAAAAUUUUAAUUAUUCAUAGAGUCAGUCAUUAAGAUAUUUAAUCAUCAACAACCCAUGAAAUUGAAAAGAAAAUCCAUAAAUUGUAUCUUAUAAAUGGUAGAAAAAGGCCUUUUUCAAUCUCAUCAUUUACUUUGACGUCUCGUAAGUCGUUUGUACAAAAAAAAAGCACCAAUAAUAAUGGAAAACAUCAUCUUUCGCAAAUAUAUCUUUUUUAAUAUUAAUUAAUAUAGAAAGGCCUUAACAUUUAAAUGAAUUAAAAAAUAUAUUGGAAACAAAAUAUAUUAAAAUUAUUAAUUUUUUUUUCUUAAAUUUACUUUAACCCAUUACUUUCUCACGAAGCACAUACACACAUUUAUUACAAUCCAGGUAAUAUUUACUUAAAUUACUUUUUAAUAAAUUUAAAAGACGUCGAAUCAAAAAGAAAAUUGGAAUCAAUUAAAGUUAAAAUGAGAAAUUAGAGAAUACGAAUUAGAAAAGAUUAAGAAAAUUGGAUUAUAUAUCUGUUAGAUGUAUUUAAAGAUAUUUAAAAAUCG